CUUCUCAGGUCUCACUGUUCACUCCGGUUUAGCUCUCUCUUUCACCUACUGUGAUAGCCAUGGCGAUCCCAAUUCCAUCUCGUCAGCUCUACAUAGAUGGAGAAUGGAGAGAACCCUUCAAACGGAAGCGGAUUCCCAUCAUCAACCCCGCCACCGAAGAGAUCAUAGGGGAUAUUCCUGCGGCCACCGCUGAGGAUGUGGAACUUGCCGUCGAUGCUGCUCGCAGGGCCUUUUCCAGGAACAAGGGUAGAGAUUGGGCUUUUGCUUCGGGGGCUUAUCGCGCUAAGUAUUUACGUGCCAUUGCUGCUAAGAUAACAGAGAGGAAGUCUCAAUUGGCUAAGCUAGAAUCUCUUGAUUGUGGAAAACCACUUGACGAAGCGGCAUGGGACAUGGAUGAUGUUGCAGCAUGUUUUGAGUAUUACGCAGGACUUGCUGAAGAAUUGGAUGCAAAACAAAAAGCUCCUAUCUCGCUUCCUAUGGAAAUAUUUAAGUGCCACAUUCUUAAGGAACCCCUUGGUGUUAUUGCGCUGAUUACCCCUUGGAACUACCCUUUUUUGAUGGCUACAUGGAAAGUUGCUCCAGCCCUGGCUGCUGGGUGUACUGCUAUACUGAAGCCAUCUGAGUUGGCAUCUGUGACUUGUUUGGAGUUGGCUGACAUAUGUAAAGAAGUAGGUCUACCUGCUGGUGUUUUAAACAUUUUGACUGGGUUAGGCGUAGAAUCUGGUGCUCCUUUAGCGUCUCAUCCUCAUGUUGACAAGAUUGCAUUUACUGGAAGUAAUUUAACGGGAAGUAGGAUCAUGGCUUCUGCAGCUCAAAUGGUCAAGCCUGUUUCAAUGGAGCUUGGUGGAAAGAGUCCGAUCGUUGUAUUUGAGGAUGUAGACCUUGAUAAAGCUGCUGAGUGGACUCUUUUUGGUUGCUUUUGGACAAACGGGCAGAUCUGCAGUGCAACAUCACGUCUCAUAGUACAUGAAAGGAUUGCAGCAAAAUUUCUAGAGAAACUCGUUAACUGGACCAGAAGCAUCAAGAUCUCAGAUCCCUUAGAAGAAGGUUGCAGGCUUGGACCUGUUGUUAGCGAGGGGCAGUAUGAGAAGAUAAUGAAGUUUAUUCAAACUGCAAAAAGUGAAGGUGCUACUGUUCUGUGUGGUGGCAACCGACCUCAGCAUUUGAAGAAAGGUUUCUUUAUUCAGCCAACCAUCAUAACAAAUGUGAAUACAUCCAUGCAAAUUUGGAGGGAGGAGGUCUUUGGACCUGUUUUAUGUGUUAAAACAUUUACUAAUGAAGAUGAAGCGAUUGAACUAGCAAAUGAUACACAAUAUGGCUUGGGUGCAGCUGUAAUUUCCAAUGAUCUGGAGAGGUGUGAGCGUGUGAGCAAGGCUAUUCGGUCGGGGAUGGUGUGGGUGAACUGCUCACAGCCCUGCUUCUGUCAAGCUCCAUGGGGAGGCAUCAAACAAAGUGGUUUUGGGCGGGAACUUGGUGAAUGGGGGCUCGAAAACUACUUGAGUGUGAAGCAGGUUACGCAGUACAUCUCAAAUGAGCCAUGGGGGUGGUACCCCUCACCUGCAAAAUCAAAGCUGUGAAAACUGCCAUAGGACUUUGAUGGACUCCUGAAGUAGAAAAGAUCUUAUAGAGAAAAAGUUAGAAAGAUCUUCAAGCGUGUGGGUCUUUAAAAUAAAUUUAGGAGGAUUAGAAAGUUGAAUUACAUAUGAUGCAUCUCAAUCAUGGGACACUUGACACUGAAAAUGAUAUACUGAGUUAGAAAUUAAUGAACAGAACAGGUGGUUUUGAUUAUUG